AUGGGCUCGGAGUCGGAGCCUCGUUAUCGCACUGCGGCUACUGCAGUGAUCAUUCCUGUCCUCUCUAUCGUGUCCAUCCUAGUCAGCCUUGUUCCGUUGGCCCUGCACUGGAAGAAUCGGAACUUUCCUGCGACGUGUCUGAUUGGUUGGUUUCUGGUGCUCAAUCUCUUCAAUAUCGUCAAUGCAAUCAUUUGGCCCAAUGACGACGUGGAUUCCUGGUUCAGCGGCGUGGGUCUUUGCGAUGUUGAGGUCAAGAUCAUGAUCGCCAGCUACGUUGCCGUAGCAGGCAAUCUGCUGGGCAUAUUUCGUGGCUUGGCCAAUGUGCUGGACACCAGCCGUGCGAACCUCGUCCCCAGCAAGAAGCAGCGUUGGCAGAACCAUUUCAUGGACAUCCUGUUCUGCGUUAUCAUUCCAAUCAUUGCAAUGAUCACCCACAUUAUCUUCCAAGCCAACAGAUACAUGCUGUUCGCCAUUUCGGGGUGUGUCAACAGCUUUGAUGAGAGCUGGGUGAGCUUCGUCUUGUCCUUCGUGUGGCCUCCAAUCAUCUGUUUGAUCACUGGCUAUUAUUGCAGCCUAGUCUUGUAUCGCCUCCACAAGUAUCGCAGCCAAUUCGGGGACGUACUUCAGUCGUCCAACAGCAACAUCAGCAAGUCUAGGUUUCUUCGACUCUUUCUAUUGUCCUUUACCAUGCUUCUAGUUAUCCUUCCGACACAGGCUUUUGUGGUCUGGAAGAACGUGACACUGUCGCUGCCAUGGCAUUCAUAUUCAUGGAAUACCCUUCACGGGCCGAUGUGGAAUGAGAUAGCCAUGAUUCCAACAAAUGGCGAGGUUUUCUUUGAUAGAUGGAUACCAAUCGCAUCGGGAUUCAUGUUCUUUUUAUUCUUCGGCUGUGGUAGGGAUGCCUCGAAUAUGUAUGCCUCAAUCUGCCGCUCCUUCGGUUUGGAAUGUUGCCUUGCCGGCGGACAAACAUCUUCGGCAGGAACCACUUCGUCGACAGCAGUGGGAACUAUGCACAGUCGGGUCAGGCUUUUAUUCCGUAAGAAGACUUCAUCUGCUACAAGAGUCUAUGUGAGCAAUGUUACUUCGGUAAAUCCCGUUGACCGCAGCUACGUGGACCUGGAGAAUCGUACAGCGACACCUCAGAGUCACGGUCACAUGCACAAUUUGUCAUGGAUUCAGCGAUUCUUUCCGUUUUCCCGGCAUCGCUCGCCACGCUGUGAUGAUAUGGUAUCUCUUCACGACCUGUCUGGUCCUUCCAGCACAGUUGCGACCAAUGCCUGGGCCGGUGCAAGUACCAGUCGCGGUAGCAAUGAGUACAAAACGUCCACCAGAAAGGAUUUCAUUCGGGUCAAGCAAGUCAUAAGCCAAGAGAGCGAGAAGAAGAUGUGA